UGAACAGGAUCCAGCUGAAUGAAUUAUUACACUGACGGCUGUGUGUAAAUGUCUCCCGAAGGGUCCGCAGGUCAUUCUCCUCCCACGCCUCACAGACCGGCUGUAUCUGUGUCCGAGGAGCAGCAGCGCUUCUCCAGAAUGCACAACCCCGAGGCCAUCGCCCAGGCCAAAGGAGCCGGCACUGGAGGAAAGUCCAACCUCGCAGGCCAGAUCAUCCCCAUCUACGGCUUCGGCAUCUUACUGUACAUCCUCUACAUUCUGUUCAAGAUCACUUCCAAAGGCAAAACAACCAAACCUCCAGAGAGCCGAUUCGCUGCAGUCAGAUCCGAAAACAUGAAGAGGAAAAUAACUGAUUUUGAGUUGGCUCAGCUGCAGGACAGACUGAAUGAGACAAAGGACGUGAUCGAGAGGAUAAUUUCUGCAGCCAGUGCUGGCUCUGACAGGUGAGCGGUGGCCGUGGAUGAGGAGCAGAAGCUGCUGCAUCAGCUGCAGGAGAUCACUCGCAUCAUGCAGGAGGGCCGCUUCGUGGACACCAUCCCAGCAGACGCCCACGGCUCCGAUCUUCCUGACAACGGUGGGAAAGACCAUUUCUGUUGUGUUCAUUCACCUCCCGUGAGCACAAAUGUUCAGAUGAGAGAGAGCCAUGAUCCUGAGAGGACAGAUGUCAACACAAACACAAAAAUGGAGGACCUGUCUUUGAGUGACUCCACCAGCCAAUCACAGCCAGAGGCAGACACUCAAACAGGAAGUGACAUCACACCCAGCUCAGUGUCAGAACACAGCGUCAUCAGGCAGAGAAACAAACAAUGAACCAUCUAAAUAAUAACCAUGCUUGGCGUUAUUGAAUAUGGGUUUGCUGCAUGGACACUUUCACCUUACAUUGAGCGCUAGCUGUCUCUCAGUGGACAUGUUUGAGACUCACAGGAAGGAGCAGCUGUGUCAACAUAUCACACGAGUAUGAAUGAUCAAUAUCCUGUCUAUUGUACAGGAACCUCAGCCUGUGUUCGUAAUGUGAACAACAUGCAGAGUUCUUGUGUUCAGAAAACAUUUUAGCUGCAGGACGUUUCUACUGAGCCGCUGCAUUCAGCACAAAACUUCUGAUCAUCCUGUCAACUGCAGAAUCAAAUAUUAUAUACUCUAUAUUUACAUAAAAUUCA